AUGGAGCCGGAGGAAUUCGCUAGCAGUCACUUCGGCAUGAAGGAAGGAACCCGAGCUUGGUCUGGGUUGCCUUACCUUGGCAGGGACCCGUACAGCGGCGCCAAAUUGCCCUCUGCAGUGGACUGGGUGAGCAAGGGCGCUGUGACUGACCCCAAGGAUCAAGGAAAAUGCGGCUCGUGCUGGUCCUUCUCCACGACUGGAGCUUUGGAAGGUGCAUGGCAGCUCGCUACUGGCAAGCUCGUCUCCUUGAGCGAACAGCAGCUGGUGGACUGUGCCAAGAACGGCAACAUGGGCUGUUCGGGUGGCUCCAUGGAUCUAGCUUUUGAGUACUUGGAGAAGUACGCUGUGUGCACGGAGGACAGCUAUCCGUACACUGCCAAGCAGGGAACCUGCAUGGAGACAAAUUGCACGGUUGCGGUGCCGAAGGGCUCCAUUGUUGGUUUCAAAGAUGUCACGCCCCAGGAUACGGACGCCUUGUUGGAAGCCGUGUCCGAGCAGCCAGUGUCUGUCGCCAUCGAAGCAGACCAGGAGGCCUUCCAGCUUUACGACGGGGGAAUCUUGACGAAAGAGUGUGGCAAGAAGCUGGACCAUGGUGUGCUGGUGGUGGGCUACGGCACUGAGAAUGGCGUGGACUACUGGAAGGUUAAGAACUCCUGGGGAGCGCAGUGGGGUGAAGAUGGCUUUGUGCGCAUUGAGCGUGGGGUGCCCAAAGACGGCGAGUGCGGCAUCAAAGAUCAGCCGUCCUAUCCCAUCGUCAAG